AUGGCCCCCCAGAUUUUUGGAGCGCGAUAUAAAGGAUUUAGGGCAGAAAAGGCGGGGGGAAGGGGUCGCCCGGGGGGCGCCAUUCGAACCAAUAAGGGCUUCAUGGGGUAUUUUCCGAACGCCCCGCCAAGAAACCCUUCGGCCGCGCGCCUUGUCAUUUUACAGCUUCCGGUCGCACAAUCCCGAUCCCAGACGGAUGCGCGGGAAUGUUUUCAAUUUAGGGCGCGUCGCAUGCGCCAAGCGACGCCCACCGCAAAGGUGGCUCGAUUGGGCCGAAAGCUCUGCCUGAAUUUGCGACCCUUCCGCCCCAGCAGCAGUAACCCAGGGGUUUGGCUGCAAGAUGGGCCGGGGUAA